AGGUAAUAUAUACUCUCUCUACUUGUGGAUAAGUACCACCAAAGCUUGAGGCUUGCUCAUCUUCUCUUAAUUAUUUCCAUUUAUGUCCACAUUAAAUUCUGGAUAAAUUACUAAUUUAGCCUAUAGUUUUGAAUCUGAUGCUAUCAGCUUUUAUAAAAAAUCUCCUGGAAUCUCUGUUAGUGUAUUUAUUAGGAUUUUUGCAAAUUUUCUAGAUCUUCUCUGUGUUUGUGAUCUGAUUCUAUGAAAUGCAUGAUUUUGAUGACAAGUAGUGGAAGCAGAAGUAACAUGAAUUUCAAGAACAACAACAACAUGGGGAAUGAGCCACCAGGAGAUGGAGGAGGAGGAGGAGCGUUGACCAGACAAGGUUCGAUAUACUCGUUGACAUUCGACGAGUUUCAGAGCAGUUUAGGUAAAGAUUUUGGGUCAAUGAACAUGGACGAGCUGUUAAAGAACAUAUGGACUGCUGAAGAGACACAAGCCAUGGCUGUUGCUGCCUCAACUAGCGGUGUUAUUCCACUUGCUGGAGAGGGGCUGCCGUUGCAGAGGCAAGGCUCGUUGACUCUGCCCCGAACCCUUAGCACGAAAACGGUUGACCAGGUGUGGAAAGAUCUGUCUAAAGAUGGAGGAGGUGGAACAAACUUGACUCAGUCUCAGAGUCAGAGGCAGCAGACGUUAGGUGAAGUAACCCUGGAGGAGUUCUUGGUACGUGCUGGCGUUGUGAGAGAGGAAGCUCAGAUUGCUGCCAAAGAUGCUAACACGGGUUUCUCUGUUCAGGCUUCUCCUCAAGUUGUUCCCGGUUUGAUGGGGAACCUUGGUGCCGAGACUGUGAAUCAUAUGCAGGUUCAAGGUUCUAGUUUGCUUCUGAAUGUAAAUGGAGCUAGAUCUACAUACCAGCAACAUCAGCCAAUCAUGCCUAAGCAGCCUGGUUUUGGGUAUGGAACACACGUUGGUCCUGGGAUAAGAGGUGGUCUUAUGGGACUUGGAGAUCAGUCUCCGACGAACAAUAUGGGAUUAGUCCAAGGCGUUGUUGGUGCUGUGUCUCCUGUUACGCCAGUGUCAGCAGAUGGGAUAGGGAAGACUAAUGGUGAUUCUUCAUCGCUCUCUCCGUCUCCCUACAUGUUUAAUGGUGUGAGGGGUAGAAAGAGUGGUACUGUAGAGAAAGUUGUUGAGAGGAGGCAAAGAAGAAUGAUAAAGAACCGAGAAUCAGCCGCAAGGUCACGGGCCAGGAAACAGGCUUAUACCGUGGAGCUUGAAGCUGAAGUUGCAAAGUUAAAGGAAGAGAAUCAAGAGUUACAAAGAAAGCAGGCAAAGAUUAUGGAGAUGCAAAAGAAUCAGGAGAUGGAGAUGAUGAAUAUUCAAGGAGGUGCAAAGAAAAAGCUGAGGAGGACAGAGUCAGGACCUUGGUGAAUCAUACUUAGUUUCUGUAGAUAAAUAAUCCCCACAUGUGUUUCGUUUGAAGAUCAAAGAGAGAGUUUCAUGGUUUAUUUUGUAAGCUCUUUCCAUUUGUGUUCUCUUAUACAUACACAAAGUUAUCCUAAUCUCUUUACUUUAAUUAGACCAAGACGCUCUCUGAUAAAAAGCUUGUAUUAUCUUGUUUGUUUCGUU